AUGUCGACAACUGGCUGGAUACAAAUUGACAACGCCGCCGGCUCUAUGUGGGAAGACUGGGAAAGCGCACAAAAAUUCCGCCUCGACACUAUUCAAUAUGUGCAAUAUUGCCUUGGUCUUGCACCAUCCAACCAGGAAUACUCGGAGUCAACGAACCCCAUCAUUCGAGCUUUUGAUGUGAUUGGCUUUGCCAUUCGCGACUCCUGUAGUCUUUCACAGCGGAAAAUGGUCUAUGAUGAGAUGAAUGAGUUUAUGAAACAGUCUGAACAAGAGCAGAGGCUCCGGCUCAAUAAUGACAGUCUUCCAUCGGUUGACGAGUUUUGGAGUUAUCGACUAGGUGCCAGCGCAGUUUUCAUCUGUCUAGCGAUUAACGAGUAUUCCUACGGAGACAUGGAUCUCCCAACGGCAGUAUUCGAGGAUCCUGACAUGAAAGAGAUCUGGCAACUGACGAAUAUCAUAAUUUCCGCCGUUAAUGAUAUGCUAUCUUUGAAAAAAGAAAUUGCACGGGAUGCGAUUGACAGUGUGAUUCCGAUUAUGUACGUCCAACUUGGUAGUGUCGAAGCCGCCAUGGACAAAACGGUCGAAUUCGUGGUGUCCAUGAUUCAGAAAUUUGACGAAGCCGAAGCGAGACUCCUUACACGAUAUUGUUCAGACGAAAAUCUUCAAAAGCAAUUGUGGAGAUUUGUCGAUGGUGCCAAGUACUAUUGCACUGGAAAUCUUAUAUGGAGGUAA